AUGCGCAGUGGGGUCGCGGCACUCGUGUGUAACACGUGGGGAGUUUUUGUGUGCGCGGGACCGCAGCAGCAGCAGCGACGACGGCGGCGCUUUCAGAAGCCGUCGAAAGUUUGUAACGUCGCCGCUUUUGCAACGUUCCAAAAACGCAGCGACAAUGCUCGUCCUGUUCGAGACCGCGGCGGGCUAUGCCAUCUUUAAGGUGCUGGACGAAAAGAAGAUCCAGGAGGCGGACAACAUCUGGAAGAACUUCGAGACGGCGGAGAAGGCGAAUAAGAUCGUCAAGCUGAAGCACUUUGAAAAGUUUAAAGACACAACAGACGCGCUCGCAGCUGCCACAGCGGCGGUGGAAGGGAAGGUGGGGAAAGCUCUGAAGAAGAUGCUCAAAAAGCUGGUGGCGAAAGAAGCGCAUGAGCAGCUGGCAGUCGCCGAUGCCAAGCUGGGAGGAGCCAUUAAGGACAAGUUGAACAUGAGUUGUGUUUACAACACGGCGGUGACGGAGCUCAUGAGAGGCAUCCGCUCGCAGAUCGACAGCCUGAUCACGGGCCUCCAUCCACGCGAGAUGAGCGCCAUGUCCUUGGGUCUUGCGCACAGCUUAUCACGGUACAAGCUCAAGUUCAGCCCGGACAAGGUGGACACGAUGAUUGUCCAGGCCAUAUCCCUCUUGGAUGAUCUCGACAAGGAGCUGAACAAUUACGUCAUGCGCUGCCGGGAGUGGUACGGCUGGCACUUCCCCGAGCUGGGAAAGGUGGUCACCGACAACCUGGCUUACUGCAAGACGAUCAAGAAGAUGGGUUUCCGAACGAACGCAGCCACCACAGACCUGUCGGACAUCGUGCCCGAGGAGGUUGAAGCCGAUGUCAAAGCUGCGGCGGAGAUCUCCAUGGGCACCGAGGUGUCGGACGAGGACAUCACAAACAUCACCUUCCUCUCUGAACAGGUGAUUGAGAUCACAGAGUACCGAGCCCAGCUGUACGACUACCUGAAGAACCGCAUGAUGGCAAUCGCUCCCAACCUCACCAUCAUGGUGGGAGAGCUGGUGGGAGCUCGUCUCAUCGCCCACGCAGGCUCCCUGCUGAACUUGGCAAAGCACCCGGCUUCUACGGUACAGAUCUUGGGGGCAGAGAAGGCUCUCUUCAGGGCCCUCAAGACCCAGCACGACACUCCCAAGUACGGCCUCAUCUACCACGCCUCGCUGGUGGGACAGACGACACCAAAGAACAAAGGAAAGAUCUCGCGAAUGCUUGCAGCAAAGUCCGCUCUGGCGAUCCGCUACGAUGCGCUUGGGGAGGAUACGACGUCCGAGAUGGGCCUUGAAAACCGGACCAAGCUGGAGGCUAGGCUCCGGGAGCUGGAAGACAAGGGGAUUCAGCGAAUCAGCGGCACGGGCAAAGCGUUGCCCAAGUUUGAAAAGUACCAGCACAAGAGCAUGGUGAGGACAUACGACCCGUCCGGUGACUCAACGCUCCCGUCGGUGUCGAGGAAGCGCAAGAUCGAGGAGGUGGAGGACGUUGACGACAUGCAGCAGCAACAACCAAAAAAGAUAAAGAAGGAGAAAAAGGACAAGGCUUCCGAGGCAGAAGCUUCCACCCCAUCGUCGUCAAAAAAGAAACGCGCGGCCGCCGAGUCUGAGAGCGACGAGGACGUUGCAGACAAAACGCCGAAGAAGAAAGAAAAGUCCCUGGAGGUGGAAGAGACGGAGACUCCAAGCAAGAAAAAGAAAUCUAAGAAGGAAAAGCAUCAAGAGCAGGACGAGGAAGAGCUUCCCAGCGUGUCCCCUGCGCAGCCCUCUUCGGAGAAGAAGAAGAAAAAGAAGAAAUCCAAGCAGGAAGACGAUUAGACAAACAGGAAUGUAUGAAAGAGUCGCUGUAUCACGAGCGUACAGUGGGCCUUGAAGGUUAAUACCUUUUUUAUACGCAACAUUUCGGUGUGAGUCGUAAGCGAUCGCUCAAUGAGUUUGAUCUGCCGGUGGGCAGGUGCUGCAGUUGCUUGAAGUAUGAGUUGACAUGUGGCAGAAUGUAUAAACCGUCCGUGGAAAAUAAAAAAAAUGUACUUCUA